AUGCUAGUACCACCGUGGCUCUGCCUUCAGCUUCUCGCGCUCUCCUCCAUGAUGACUAUACAGGCCAGCAAAUUCACCCCCGAGGUGCUUCUCUCGGCGCCGAGGCGGUCCUCCGCCGUGCCCAACCCCUCAGGCAACAAAGCCUUGUACACCGUGUCUUCCUACUCUUUCCAAACCCACAGCAAGACGAGCCAGAUUCGCGUCAUUGAUGUCCACAGCGGCCAUUCGACGCUGUUGUACGAGGAUGGCUCGUACAGCGAGCCGACGUGGAUCAGCGACAAGGACAUUCUCUUCUUCAAGAGCGGCGACAAGGGGUCCACGAGCUUGAUGCUCGGACACUCCGGCCUCCCACAAGUAGUCCAAGAGAUUCGCAACUUUGACGGCAGCCUAUCCAACCUCAAAGCCUACCGCAUUUCAGAUGAAGAGGUUGCCAUUGUCUGUUCCGCCCCGACGACUCUUUCCGGCGCCAUGUACCGCCCCUCGGCUGAGACCAAGGCUCUGUCUUCUGCCAAGGCAUACUCCACCUUGUACGCCCGUCACUGGGAUGCGUGGCAGACGGAGAACAGGAACUCUCUGUGGUACGGCCUGCUCAAGAAGAAGGGCAGCUCCUAUGAGCUUCAGGGGCCCGGCUUGGUCAAUGCUCUUAAUGGCACCAAGCUCGAAUGUCCCGUCCCGCCCUUCGGAGGCACGGCCGACUUUGACAUUGGCCGGUCUGGUCUCAUCUUCGUGUCGCGGGACCCCGACGUAUCACCUGCCAUCUACACCAAGACGAAUCUCUACUUCAUACCGCUCAAGACGUUCAUCGAGGAGAAGCCUGCUCCGCCUCAGGAGGUCAAGACGGGCAACCUCCAAGGCUACGCAGCUGCGCCCGUCUUCUCUCACGACGGCAAGCAAGUCGCCUUCACCAAGAUGAAGAGCAAGCAGUACGAGUCUGACAAGCCGCGUCUGCUCCUGAUCCCCGAUAUCACCGAACUCACCGGUGUACAGGAGUUCUACGUGACGAAGGACGAGGUUGGCGGCUGGGAUGCACGCCCUGAGUGGAUCACCUGGAGCAAAGACGAUAAGGAGCUUUACGUUGCGGCCGAGAAGCACGGGCGCGUCAGGCUGUGGAAGCUGCCGUCUUGCCCGGAAAAGGCCGUAGAAGAGCCCGAGUCUAUCUUUGAGAAGGGGUCCAUCAUCGAGGCCCGACUCCUUCCCGGCAGUGGUAAGCUCCUCGUCAGCUCCAACUCGCAAAUUGAGAGCUCGCUCUUCUCCGUGCUGGACCCGUCAAGCAAGAAGCUGGAUUACGUGUCCUCGAGCUCCAAGCACGGCAAGACAUUCGGCCUGUCGGAGAAGCAGCUGGAGAACUUCUGGUUCAAGGGUGCCGAGGGCUACGAUGUGCAGGCGCUUGUUGUCAAGCCGUCCGAUUUUGAUGAGAAGAAGAAGUACCCUCUGGCGUUCCUCAUCCACGGCGGACCACAGGGGGCGUGGAACGACAAUUGGAGCACGCGUUGGAAUCCGGCCAUAUUCGCCGAGCAGGGCUACAUUGCCGUCAUGCCCAACCCCGUGGGCAGCACGGGCUACGGGCAAAACCACACAGAUGCGAUCCAGAGCCAGUGGGGUGGUCUCCCCUAUGUAGAUCUGGUCAAGUGUUUUGAGCACAUUGAGAAGAAGCUCGAUUAUGUCGAUAUUGACCGGGCCGUGGCGCUGGGUGCUUCUUACGGCGGCUACAUGAUCAACUGGAUCCAGGGCAACGAGCUCGGACGCAAGUUCAAGGCGCUCGUGUGUCACGACGGUGUCUUUUCGACGCUCAACCAGUGGUCGACGGAGGAGCUCUUCUUCCCGCUGCACGACUUUGGGGGCCCGAUCUGGGAGAACCGGGCGACAUAUGAGAAGUGGGACCCGGCGACGAAGCUGGCCAACUGGUCGACGCCACAGCUGGUCAUCCACAAUGAGCUCGACUAUCGGCUGCCCAUCUCGGAGGGCCUCGCCAUGUUCAACGUGCUGCAGGCGCGGGGGGUGCCAAGCCGGUUCCUCAUGUUCCCCGACGAGAACCAUUGGGUUCUCAAACCGGAGAAUUCGUUGGUGUGGCAUAAGGAGGUUCUUGGUUGGAUCAACAAGUAUUCUGGUGUAAGCAAGUAA